AUGUCCAUAGUGUAUUUUAAUAUGGGUUCAUCAAAAAAAGCUACGGCAACGUCACUGCUGAUGAACCCUUGGGUCGUAUUGUUAAUUACGAUCGCAGUGCGUGUUAUCGCUUCGCUAAGCUACGACAUGCUUGAAGGGUCUGUGGAUGAGCCUUUAAUGUUUCACCCGCCACGGAAGAUUACCCUGAGUUCCGAACCUCCCGGAUCUAAGCUCGAGCUGCACAGCUUUGCCUAUCACGCCGUCAACGGCGAAAGAACUGCAGCUCAGUCACUGCUUCGAUUUGCUAUCGUUUCUGCCCCUUUGGAUGCAGCGGUGUGGCGUGAUAUAGCAUUUUUUCGCGCACGCUUUCCCGACGCUGGGAUUCCCUAUCACUUGCUCUCUGUUGCUCCGUGGUACACACGGUAUUUACCGCCUUUUCUGGCAUUCCGUCCGUGGCCGAUGCUGUGGCUUAGCCUGUGCGAUGGUUUGACAGCUUUUUUGAUGGCUGGCUGGCCCUCCUGUACGUCAGCUUUGCUCUAUGUUGGUUUUGUUCUCAACCCAUUGAUGUUUCUGCCCACCGUGUGCGAGUCUAUUAUGCCGCUAGAGUGGUUCCUGUUAGCAAUCACAGUGGAAGGGUGCCGAUGCCGACGACGAAAUAUUUGGAUCUUCCUUCUUGCGCUGUUGGCGUCUGUUGUUCUCGGUAGCAGCUUUUUAGGGGUUCUUGUGAUGUUGCUCUAUCCGAUUGGUACGAGUAGCCGCUACGUGCAAAGGUGCUCGGCGGUAGCCUUCUGUUUCUUGGUGGGCAUCUAUGCGUUGCUCUAUCAUUACUAUACUGAAGAAACUUUUAAACAUUCUUCUACUUUCGCUCCUCCUGACCAUAGCACAUUGUGGUAUGUACGACAGGCUGCUUUUCUGUCCCUUGAAAGAUGUCUUGAAAUAACCUUUAUUAUAUUGCCAGCUGUGAUUCUACUUCCUACCACAAUGGCGAUUCCACCGUUUGCUAUCACAGAAAUAUCUUCCUCCAAACACAUUCCACUCGUUGCGGAUGUAAAGGUAUCUUUGCUUGGCAUCGCGAUUGGCAUCUCUGUGCUCUAUCGCAACUCUUUUACGAUACCCUUCUGUUGCCUUGUGGUGCUUAUUAUGUAUUCUAACCUGAGAAUUACCGGUGCCACAGGUGAACCCGCGGCGCUCACACGAAACAGCGUCGAUAGUUUUAAGAGUCCUGUUAAGCACUCGUACGGCUCUAGACUGGAUAUGUUUGUUCCUAUUUACGGGUUUCUCAUUACGGUGCCGGCAGUGUGGGGUUUUUAUCUUGCUUAUGGUAUAUGGGAAGUGCUUAAUAUGAAUUGGAUAUUUUUUUUCAACAUGUCAUUUCUAUUCUGUUGUGUGGCAUAUUUGUACAUUUGGAUGAAUGCUAUUAUCUCUGACAUUAUUGAACGGAAAGCUAAUGAAAAGCCCGAAGCCAUAUAG